AUGCCACCCCGCCUCCCCCUCCCCCUCCGCCUCCCCCCCGCCCACACCCUCCGCUGCCCCCUCCCCCAGCGCCGCCUCCUCACCGUCCUCGCCAUCGAAACCUCCUGCGACGACACCUCCAUCGCCCUCCUCACCUCCCCCACGCCCCACACCGCCACCCUCCUCGCCCACGAAACCGUCACCUCGCCCAACCGCAUCUACGGCGGCAUCCACCCGCUCAUCUCGACCGUCUCGCACGCCACGCACCUCGCGCCUUUGCUGGCCGCCGUGGUGGCACUGGGCCACAAGCCAGACUUUGUGGCCGUGACCAGGGGCCCGGGGAUGCCGACGUCGUUGUCGAUAGGGCUGGAUACGGCGAAGGGGCUGGCCGUGGCGUGGGGCGUGCCGCUGGUGGGCGUGCAUCAUAUGUUGGCGCAUGCGCUGACGCCGAGGCUGGUGGCGGCGCUGAAUUGCGCGGCGGUGGAGAGGGCGGCGGCGGCGGCGGCGGCGGCGGCGGCGGAGGGGGGUGCUGGCGGGGUUCCUGAGGGCUCGGAGGUAGUCGCGGAGAGCCAUGGAGCGGCCAUCGAGAGCUCUGAAGCGGCCCCUGAGAGCACCCAAGCAGCCCUAGAGAUUUCUGGCGCGGCCCCAGAGAGUAUCAAAGCAUCCCCAGAGAGUAUCAAAGCAGCCUCAGAGAGUAUCAAAGCAGCCUCAGAGAGUAUCAAAGCAGCCUCAGAGAGUAUCAAAGCAGCCUCAGAGAGUAUCAAAGCAGCCUCAGAGAGUAUCAAAGCAGCCUCAGAGAGUAUCAAAGCAGCCUCAGAGAGUAUCAAAGCAGCCUCAGAGAGUAUCAAAGCAGCCUCAGAGAGCUCCGAUACGUCCCCCUCUCCCACCCAAGCCCCCCCGCCCUCUCCAUCUCCCACGGCCCCCAACCCCCCGCUCGAACCCCUCCUCGAAAUCACCACGCCCGUCAAAAAAUCCCAGAUACUCCAGCAGCCCGCACAAACCCCCACCGAAGCCCCUCAAUUCCCCUUCCUGACGCUCCUCGUCUCGGGCGGCCACACCCAAGUCGUCCACAGCCGGUCCCUCACCUCGCACAAAGUCCUCGCCGACACGAUGGACAUCGCACUCGGCGACAUGAUCGACAAGUGUGCGCGGCAGCUCGUGCCCGCCCGGGUCCUCACCACAUACGGCGAGAGCGUCGCCUACGGCGCCGCGCUCGAGGAGUUCUGCUUCCCCGCGCGCGACGGGUCAGACAGGCGGUAUGGCUACCGGUACACCCUCCCCGGCGGCAAGGCGCGGGCGGCCGAGGACGAGGCGGAGACGGCGGCCUAUGACUGGCAGCUGUCGGCGCCGCUGGCAAAGACGGGGCCGGCGAUGAGGAGGCUGGCGUAUAGUUUCAGCGGACUAGGGAGCAGUGUGGAGCGGUGUUUGAAGCGGCGGAAGCGGCUGCUGGGGGGUGUUGAGAUUGGGGAUGAGGAGCGGCGGGCGCUGGGGAGGAAGGUGAUGGUGCUGGCGUUUGAGCAUGUUGCGGCGAGGAUGGUGCUGGGGUUGGAGGCGAUGGGGGAGGAGGGGGGGAGCGUGGGGACGGUGGUGGUGAGUGGGGGGGUGGCGGCGAAUCGGUUUUUUAGACAUGUAUUGAGGAUAUACUUGACCAGCAAGGGCUACCAGCACAUCAAGAUCGUGGUCCCGCCGAUGAAGUUCUGCACAGACAACGCCGCCAUGAUCGCCUGGGCGGGUCUCGAGCUCUACAGAGCAGGCUGGCAGACCGGGCUCUCGGCACUGCCGCUCAAGAAGUGGAGCAUGGACGACGAUGUCUACAUCGAGGGCGAGGAGGACAACGCCGAGCACGGAGUCGGCGGCGUGUUAGGAGCACAGCAGUGGAUCAAGAGGGAUGUGGAGGAAGAACCUUGA